AUGGCCCUCACCCACUCUGACUAUUCCAUCGGCUGGAUCUGUGCACUGGCCUUGGAGAUGGCCACUGCCAAAGCAGCCCUCGAUGAGCUUCACCCCCGACUUCCCGCGAAGGCCAACGAUCCCAACAUCUAUACCCUUGGUUCCAUCAAUGGCCACAACAUCGUCAUCGCCUGCCUUCCCUCCGGCGUCUACGGUACCGCAUCGGCUGCCAUCGUUGCCUCUCAUAUUACCUCCACUUUUUCAGCUCUGCGCUUCAGUUUAAUUGUCGGCAUCGGCGGGGGCGUCCCCCACCCCAGCACAACUGAUAUCCGUCUGGGAGAUAUAGUAGUCAGCAAACCAACGGGCACAACAGGUGGCGUAGUCCAGUACGACUAUGGCAAAACCAUAACGAGUGGUCAAUUCCAUCGCACAGGGUGUUUGAACAAACCUCCCGCGCAACUAUUAGCCGCGAUAGCCACCCUCGAAUCCGACCAUAUCCUCGGUCAGUCGACUUUGGCCGCGCACUUGGGCAAAAUCCAAGCGCGAUUCCCAGCUUUUGUGUCUCCCGGUCUGCAACACGAUUUCCUGUUUGAACCCUUAUAUACACAUGCCGGAGGCAGCUUGAAUGAAUGUCAAUCUAAGUGCGACAGUAGUCAUCUCAUUACGCGGUCACGGCGGAGUUCUCUCGAUCCACGGGUACAUUAUGGACUGAUUGCGUCGGGAAACCGGGUAAUGCGUGAUGCGGUGACGAGAGAUAGCGUUGCACGUCAGCUGGAGGAUGUGCUGUGUUUUGAGAUGGAGGCUGCUGGACUAAUGGAUCAGUUUCCUUGCUUGGUUGUGAGGGGAAUUUGUGAUUAUGCCGAUUCACAUAAGAGCAAGCGUUGGCAGGCAUAUUCGGCUGCCACUGCUGCCGCAUAUGCGAAGGAGUUGUUGGGUGUUAUUCCUUUGCAGGACAGGACGUAUGAGAAUGAUGCCACUGAUAAGAGAAAUAGGAGGCCGUCAAAGCAAGUAUGA